CGGGACCCGCCACCCUCCUCAACCGCGUGGACCCCACCAGCCGCGGUCGCCACGUACGCGGCCGGCGAGCCCUAUACAACCGCCACGUCGCCGGCGAGCCGUCGCCGUCUCCCCCACGACUCCUCCUCCUCCGUUUCCGGCAUAAACUACUCCCCGCGCGGCGCUCCCAUGUCGUACUACUACAGCACCUCGACCUCGAGCGCUAACCCUAACCCUAGCCCUGCGCCCUCGGCGCCGCCGCUUUACCCGACGCUCACCAUGGCCGAUCUCGCGCCCGUCGAGAUAGGCCCCUCCUCUCCGGCGUCUCCGGCCACCGCGGAAGACGACGCCAAUGCCCCUCCCCCCUCGGAGGACGUCCUCCUGCGGAUCCCGGGGGCGCAGCUCCACCUCAUCGACCGCCACCGCAGUCACCCGCUCGCCGCCGGCGACCUCUCGCUGCUCCGCAUCCGCUCCGGAGACACCUCCCUCGCCGCCAUCGCGCUCCUCCAGCCGAUCCAGUGGCCGCUCGCGCGCGACGUCGCCGCGGUCAAGCUCGACCCCUGCCAUUACUCCUUCUCCCUCACCGUGCCGCCCUCCGCCGACGACCCCAAUCCGGGGCCUCUGCAUUACGGCCUCACGCUCUCCCACCCCGACCUGCGCCUCGACGGCAUCCUCGCCACGUACACCAGCUUCUCGGUCCAGUCCGUGGUCGGCGGCGAGGCGUUGGCGAGUAAGGUGCGCGAGGAGGUGGAGGCGGCGGCGUACUGGACGGCGGUGGCGCCAAAUGUGGAGGAGUACGGCGGGGCGGUGGCGAGGGCGAUCUCCACGGGCGCCGGGCAUCUAGCGAAGGGGAUUCUCUGGUGCGGGGAAGUGACGGUGGAGAGGCUCCGGUGGGGAAACGAGGUCCUCAAGAAGAGGAUGCAGCCCGGCGACGCCGACGCCGAGGUCACUCCUGAGAUGCUGAGGCGGAUUAAAAGGGCCAAGAAGGUGACACAAAUGUCUGAGAAAGUGGCAACUGGAAUACUAUCUGGAGUUGUAAAGGUUACUGGCUAUUUUACGAGCUCAAUAGCUAACUCAAAGGCUGGCAAGAAGUUUUUUAGUUUAUUGCCUGGAGAGAUUGUUCUUGCUUCACUUGAUGGAUUUGGGAAGAUUUGUGAUGCAGUAGAAGUGGCUGGAACGAAUGUUUUGUCCACGUCAUCAACUGUAACUACUGGUCUUGUAUCCCACAAAUAUGGGGAGAAAGCGGCGGCUGCAACCAAUGAAGGGCUCGAUGCAGCAGGCCAUGCCAUCGGGACAGCGUGGACGGUGUUCAAGAUCCGGCAGGCCUUGAAUCCAAAGAGUGUCCUAAAGCCGACCUCACUCGCCAAGUCCACCAUCAAGGCAGCUGCUGCUGACCUUCGUGCAAAGCAAAAGAAAUAGUUGGAAGUAUCGUCUGUCCAGUGUCCACAACGAUCAGGCGAAGCGUCCCGUUGGUGCAUGCUCAGCUCAGUUCUGGACCUGUCCCUACUAACAGUAGCUUUUGUCAAUUCCAUCUAGUUUUUGCAGAUGUUUUCUCUUGUUUUUGUCAUGAGUCAUGGUGUACUGCUACUGUUGCUUGUAAUAUAUAUGUGCUGAAAACGAAAGGCUGAUUAUGUCAUUGAUACUGAGUCCAUCUGUGCUGAUGCGAUGUACGGAAAUCUGGGCUGUUGCAAAUUUUGUUUUUGCAUUCUGGAUAGCUUUCCGUGCUGUGUUUGCUUUGUUUGGUUGUAGAGUGUGAUGGUUAAUAUAUUUGAUUAGUUUUCCUAA